AUAAUGAAACUCAAAUUAAACAUGUUAAUGUCUUGAAGUUGAUGGUGCAACAUCUUCCUGUACCUUGUGACGAUCAUUUACCCCUUAACCCUGACAAUCCAAAUCACGAGUGGACUUUGUUUGAGGAUGGCAUUCUUCUGAGGCAUUUCGAUGGCGCUCAACUUUCAAAAGCGGAUUAUUGCUUACAGCCUCAAAAAUUUCAGAAUACUUACAGGCUUGUACCGCAUCAUUGCCUAAUUCCCCCUGACCUUACUAACGCAUAUAUCCAAUCUGUAUCGAUAUUCUUCUAUAUUAUGGUUAUAUUUGUAUAUCUGCUAUUGCCAUGUUUUAAAGGUGUUUAUCGACAAUGCUGCUUAUGUUAUUUUGGGUGCCUGACUCUAACUUUUAUACUUAUUGUUAUGAUAAGAUUUGAUUGGAUAAAGUCAAAUCAAGUAUUAUUGUGCAAACUAACAGGAUAUAUUGGGUACUACAUUACAAUUUCCACGUUUCUCUGGCUUUUAAUUAUAAACUAUGAUUUAUGGAAAACAUUUAACAACAUUGGGAUAAGUCACGGGUCAAAAUUUUACAAAUAUAACAUCUUUGUUUGGGGCGUUGCAGCAGUACAACUUUUAUUAACACUUUUUGCUGAUUUUGUAAUUGGAAAUUCAAACUGGUCACCUAAUGUCGGAGAAUAUUUUUGUUGGAUUGACACCUCAGCUUGGUCGUCGAUAAUCUACUAUUAUGGUCCAAUUAGUAUUUACUUAACAUUCAACACAACGCUAUUUAUUAUUACCGCCUCUAAGAUAUUCUUUCAAAAUAGGACCAAUAGACGUCAGCUAACCCAAUCGGACCGUCAACGAAAUUUGAGGACUCUGACUAAUUUUGGAACAUUUUUCCGGCUCUUUGUCAUUAUGGGCGUCUUCUGGAUACUUGAAAUCAUUUCCUAUUUUGGACAAAUGUUCGACAUAUCAAUGCAGUUUAUUGAUGUGAUUUCUUGUGGUCAAGGUAUCAUUUUAUUUGUAGCAACAAUUUUGAAAAGAGAUGUGUUGAAAGCGUUGGCUAAUCGACUUCGUAUCGGAAAUACCAAAGUUAAAAAGUCACAAAGUGGUGUGUCCACAACAUCAGCCAGAAUGGAAAUUGUUUUAUCGUCACAACCAAUUCUAACUAAAGGCAUCGAAGAACCUCAUUUAUAAGAGAAUAUACAUUGUUAGAAAAUUUACUUAUUAUUUGUUUUUAUUAAUUUUUUGUUAAUCACUUAAUAAAAGAAC